AUGGCUAACUUUAAUAUUAUAAGUUUAGUACUAGUUGUUUUAUUACCUUUUAUAAUUGAAAAGUUACGUAAUUAUUCCCGCUCACAAGAAUCAAACAUAAAGAACCAACAAAAAAAAACAUCGCAGGACCAAUUUAUUUAUUUCCUUAUUCUUUCAACCUUUUCAACACAAAUUUAUUAUAUAUUUUGGUCAAAACCACCAAACAUAUUUAGAGAAACAGGGCUUCCAUUAUUAGGCUCUUCUACAAGUCUUAUCAGAACAAUACUUUUACAAAACAAAUCAGAAUUAUCAGAAGUUGAAGAACUUCUCUUAGAAAAAUUAAAAUCAAUUGGAAAUCGUAUGAUUUAUGCAACAUAUGGCGAAGAAGCAUUAUUAGAGUGUACUUAUUGCAAAGAACCAACAGACUAUUUGUAUUAUAUAUUUCCUACAAUUGGCUGGUCGUAUGUGGUAGUGGUAUUUGUAUUAGGCUUAGUAACUAUGUUGAAGCGAAAAUCACACUGGAGGGUUUAUGGAGUUAUAUUUCUUGUAGGAUGUGGUGUAGUUGAAUUUUAUACAUUCAGCCAAGCUGAUGUUAAACAAAAUGGAAACACAGAAUUUUUAUAUUGUACAAUGGACUUAUACCGACGUUUAGCUUUUUCAUUUUUAUUUUUAGCAAUCAUAUUAAUUGAUAAAACAAACGAAAGAUCAACUAAUGAAAUUUUGAAAGAUGUAGCUAAAAGACAAGAAGCUAUAAUCUAUCGAGCAAAAGCGGUGAACCUGCAAAGAAUUGCAGUACUUAGAGAUUCAAACUUACGAAGGAUUUUUGUGGAUCAUUUUAAAAGAUUAGAAACAAAAGAUAAUAUGUUGUCAAUGGAUCCUGUAUAUAGAAAUGCAAGAGCAAGAGCUAUUUCAAGAUUUAAUCUAGAAAGAUUAAUGAAUGAGGCUGAUAAUUAUAUUGAUAAGAUAUAUAGGUUGAAUAGUAGUGGGUCAGAUUUGGAUUUAUCUUGGUAG